AGGUUCAUAUCAUUACACGGCAAAAUAUUGCAGUUGCAGCUAAACUCCAAGACAAAAACCUAAAACAAGGCUUCUUUUUUUCCUUCCAUAUCAUUCCCAUUUUCCUUCUGGUAUUCCAGGAUUUUUUUUUCUUUUUUUUUUUAAGGGUACGUUUAUAGUAGAUGGUGGAGAAUGCAUUGGCCCAGUGGUUGAAACGGCGGUGGUGGCAACUUAUUCUGUCAUCACAAAGUUUAGCAGCAUUGCCGUGAGCCACAAGUCACAAGAUUUUUCCUGAGAUGGCUCCUCACUUCGCAUCCGAUGAUAAUGUACCUACCAACACCAUUGCAGUGGCCAUUGACAAAGAUAAAAACAGCCCACAUGCUGUACGUUGGGCUAUUGAUCAUCUUGUGAUCACCAAUCCAUUCAUCGUCUUGAUACAUGUCAGGCAUAAAAACCAGGGUGAAAGCCAAUCUGAUUAUGACAUAAACCAGCUUUUCAUUCCUUUUCGAGGCUACUGUGCACGCAAAGGGGUUCAAAUGAAGGAGGUUAUCCUUGAAGAUACUGAUAUCCCUAAAGCACUUUUAGACUAUAUCAGCAAAAAUUUGAUCAACAGCAUAGUCCUUGGUGCAGCAAUAAAGACGUCAAGGAGUGGUAUUUCAAGUUAUUUGUCUUAUAGAAAAUCGAAGAAUGAUAUUCCGACUAGCUUGAUCAAAACUGCACCAGAGUUUUGUUCUGUAUAUGUAAUUUCCAAAGGUAAGAUAUUGACAGUGCGAACAGCACAACGACCUGUAUCUAAUACUGCUACCCCGCCAAAGGUACCCUCAGGAAUGCGACUUCAGAUUCCACUGGAUCAAGUUGAAGAUGCUGGAAACAGAGGACAAUAUACAAGGGGAGCAUUGAAAAAUGCAGGAUCAGAGAGACUGUCCUUGGAUAAUCCCUUGAAAGUACCUCUACGCGACCGUGAUCGAAACAGAAGCUCUCCAGCAAAUCUGUCAUUGGAUAUUGAUUUAGCUAUCCAAGGACAAUCCUCAUCUAACCAAGUUUCUUUAUCUAAUGACUCAGAUUUUCUAGAAAAACUUCCACUAGGAUCUAUGGAUAUUUCUGAACAAAAUUUAGAUUUCUCUAUGGUUUCAAGUACCCCUUUAGAGCCACUUCCAAAAAGUACGCGAGACGUAGAAGCGGAAAUGAGAAGGUUGAAGCUUGAACUUAAGCAAACAAUGGAUAUGUACAGCACAGCUUGUAAAGAAGCUCUGACAGCCAAAAGAAAGGCUAAUGAGCUUCAUCAGUGGAAGAUGGAAGAGGCUCGCAAGUUUGAGGAAGCCAGGCAAGCUGGAGAGGCUGCUCUUGCCAUUGCAGAGAUGGAGAAGGCAAAGUGCAAAGCUGCGGUUGAAGCAGCAGAGGCAGCAAAGAGGCUAGCAGAUAUGGAAGCAUAUAAAAGAAAACAAGCAGAAUCUAAAGCCAAGAAAGAGGCAUAUGAGAAGAAUCGGGCUUUGAAUGCUUUGGCCAAUAAUGAUGUUCGGUACAGAAAAUAUACCAUAGAAGAAAUUGAAGAAGCUACUGAACAAUUCUUAGAAUCAAAUAAGAUUGGAGAAGGAGGUUAUGGACCUGUUUAUAAAGGUAAACUUGAUCACACUCCUGUCGCCAUCAAAGUUUUAAGACCUGAUGCUGCUCAAGGGAAAAAACAAUUCCAGCAAGAGGUUGAGGUUCUUUGCUGCAUGAGACACCCAAACAUGGUCCUUCUCCUCGGUGCCUGCCCUGAGUACGGAUGCUUGGUAUAUGAAUACAUGUUCAAUGGCAGCUUAGAGGAUAGGUUAUUUCGAAGAGGCAAUACUCGCCCACUUUCAUGGAGGAAACGAUUUAAAAUAGCAGCCGAAAUUGCAACUGCCCUUUUAUUCCUUCACCAGGCAAAGCCAGAACCAUUAGUGCAUCGGGACCUUAAGCCAGCUAACAUUCUCCUAGACCGCAAUUAUGUGAGCAAAAUUAGCGAUGUUGGCCUAGCACGGCUAGUUCCACCUUCUGUAGCUGACAGUGUAACACAAUAUCACAUGACUUCAGCAGCAGGAACAUUUUGUUAUAUAGAUCCCGAAUAUCAACAAACAGGCAUGCUAACAACUAAAUCAGACGUAUAUUCCCUCGGAAUAAUGCUGCUCCAGAUUAUUACAGCCAAGCCUCCAAUGGGUAUUGCUCACCAUGUUGGAAGGGCCAUUGAAAAAGGAACGUUUGCUGAUAUGCUUGAUCCAGCAGUGCCAAAUUGGCCAGUUGAAGAGGCUUUAUCAUUUGCUCAAUUGGCGCUAAAAUGUGCAGAGCUGAGGAAGAAGGACAGACCAGAUCUUGGCACUGUUAUAGUGCCAGAACUUAACCGGUUAAGAGACCUUGAAGGUAGCUCUGAGUCAAGUAGCCUUGGAUACAGCAGUAAUGGUUAUAGUGGACAAAGCAAUAGUGGUUAUAGCCAAGGAAACAACGAUAGUGGUUAUAGCCAAGGAUACAGUGGUAGUGGUCAUAGUCACAGUCCAGUUUCAAGGUCGAGGACAUCAUCAGCAAGUCAGGUUUGCUUGUUUUAACUGCAUGUAUCUUUCUUGCCAUACCUUCUUCAUGUGAAUGCACAAAAUACAUUGUUCUUGAAAGCUGGUUUUCUUACAUUGUAUCUUUUAUUAAAUGGCUAGGAAUCCAUGAGUAAGACUGCAGACUCUGAAAAUGAACAAAUAACAAACUCAAAAGAAGAUGGUGCUGAUUUAAGGUUCCACAUGAGAUUGAAGGAUUGAGAGAAAGAAGCUGCUUGCAUCUGAAGAAAAACAACA